CCCUUACCCCCUCCCUUCUCUUCCUUAAUGACCUAUAAGAUGAAUGGAUGGGCAGACAUGUUGGCCAGAGAUAACUUGUCUCUCUUCUUACCAGCAUCACAAUAAACAAUGCUGGAACUUGUUCAUUUUCAGCAAGUUACAUGCUUUUAUGGGUUAUAUUUUUUUAUUUCUCUAUCAUUAUACUGUAAUGCCUAUUUGCAUCCUAUUCUAGCGAAUCAUUUAGUGCCAGAUUCCUGUUUAGGACAUCGCCAUCCAUAUAUGACUUAAUCUCUGAAGAAGAGAUUCUUAUUUUUCUUAAACCAUAGUUGUUGGCACUGCUAUGCAUUCAUGUUCGUUGACUACAGGUUAUUUAAUGAUAGAAACAACCCCUCCCACAGACAAAAGAUCCACAUAUGCUCACUCCAAUUGCAUGCCUUGUUGGAACACACAGUUUUAGUUGAGAUAGAGGGGACAUUGGCAAUGAAUGUGAAUCUGAAGCACAUGGAUUCUUGUGAUUCCCAAACAAAAAACUGAUGAAUGAGCUGCCACAAACUUAGUGGUUUGCAGGACUUACAGGACUGCACUGAUAGGUUGCUCCAAUUGUCAACCACCCAACAAGUCUUGGCACAAGAUUGCGGCCAAAUAUGGGUUGAUGAACUACUAGAUGGAUCUCUAAGGCUCUUGGAUAUCUGCAGUACUGCUAAAGAUUGUCUUCUGCAAUCAAAGGAGUCCGUGUAUGAAGUUCAGUCAGCCGUUAGAAGAAGAGGAGCUGAAGCUGCAUUCACGGUUGGGGCUGGAAAUUAUUUGGCUUCCGGGAAGAAUGUGAAGAAAACAAUUCGAAAGGCCUUGGGAAACAUCAAAGGAAUAAGAAAUGAGCUCAUAGUUUCUUCUGCAACCAAAGAAAAUGAAAUGCUUAGCAUGUUAAAAGAAGCAGAAGCAGUCACUAUGAGCAAACUAGAAUCUUUGUUGUACUUCAUCUCUGAUCCAAAGGGACAAUCAAAACAAAGCAGAUGGUCAGCAAUCUCCAAGUUGAUGCAACCAAAAAGAGUAGCUUGUGAUUCUCAAGAAUUAAGCACAAAUGAGUUUGAGAAGGUAGAUGCUGCUUUGAAGUCUCUCAUCAGUCACAAGCGUGCAUCCAUUGACAAUUUUCAAAGCGAUUUGGAAAAUUUGGAGAUGUGCAUUCAAGAUCUAGAAAUGGGAGUUGAGUGCCUUUCAAGGAAAAUUAUCAGAACCAGAGUUUCCCUUCUCAACAUCUUCAACCACUAGUUACACAAAAUAUUUAGGAUAACCUUGGACACUCAAAUUCAAUUUUCCCCCGUUGAGUGUCUCAUAACUGUACAUGAAUGUGAUUAAUAAUACUGUUCUUUUACUGGGUAUAUGUUAUCUUGGCGUCACGCUGUUGCUAUGCGAUCAUCUUUCUUCUUCCCAACCUUGCAAAUCUCAAUUUUCCAUUUUUGUUUCCCUGUUAAUGAAAAAUACAAUAAUCUUGGGAUUUAUUAGUUAGAAAGGAGAAUAACCGCUUGUUAGUUUUCUUGGUCAACCUGUAAAUAUGAUAUCU